AUGGGUUCGCUCUGCGAGGUAUGUCUGGAUGCCGAGGAGACGGUCGGCCAUGUUCUUCUUCGAUGUCCUACAGCUGUGCAGUGUUGGAGAUUGGCCUCGGCACUACUGCCGCCUAUAUGGGAGUCGGUGGAGGACAUGCUUCGGUUCCUGAGUGAGUCUAUUCGGAGGCCGAGUGAUGCUGAGACAGGUUCUAUUGUGGCGUACCUAGCCUAUCACAUAUGGCUAGCCAGGAAUGACCGUCUAUUCGAAGGUGGGCGGUUGACCCCACGGGCUGUGAUGGAGAGAGCUCUGAGGCAGGCAGCAGAGAUAUCUAUGAUGACCACGUCGGCACCACCUGGGAGAACUAGGGAUAUCUGGGGUACCUGUACUGCUGUUUCAGCGUCCAGGUUCAGUUUCUUCUCUUGGGUACCCUCACCCCCUGGUUAUCUUAAGGUGAACUUCGAUGGUGGUAUGGCGGAGGAUGGCGCCUCUGGGGGCGUGGGUUUUGUUAUUAGGGACCACCGGGGCACUUUUAUUGCUGCUGGGGGACGGAGCACUCUCGGCGGUUCGGCGAUGGGAGCAGAGCUGCAGGCUGCUUGGGAGGGUGUUUGGUUUGCGAGACGAGUCCUGGGGGCUGAGAGACUCGUUCUCGAGGGUGACUGUUCUACGGUGAUUGACUGGAUGCGUGGUGUGGACAUAUAUGGUGAUGACCACCCUCUUAUACGGGACACUCGGAGUUUGGUGCAGGAGCUGAUCUCCUGUCAGGUUGCCCAUGCUUACCGAGAGGCGAACAGUGCAGCAGAUUGGAUCACCUCUUAUGUUGCCCGACACACUGGGGAGGUCUUUUGGUCUAGUUUAGAUUGCGUUCCCCACGCCUUAUUUUGUUUACUUUUCUUUGAUAUGUCUGGCUGUACUCACGUUAGAGGUAUAUGA